AACUUUGAUUGAACUCUUGAGAUUGAGUUAAGUUCUCCUCCUACAGCUUACCCCCUAGUGCGUCGAAAGCCAUAGCGUCGCGAAUACUUCAUCAAUCAACGUGAUUCAAAUUGGGAACGGUAGCUGAGAUCAAGAGCUACAACAUAUCCAAGUUUCGCGACAUUCCAACGGCUAGUGUUUUGUCGACGUCGUUUCUUGUAAAGACGACUUUUCUGUCCAGAAUUUCGGAUUUAUAUUUUGAGUAAUUCUAGCUCCUAAGUUCACCUAGACUCUGUCCUUAAUCCUAACAAGUGGCAUCAGAGCGAUAUUAAGGACAUUGAGAGGAGUCUACAGAAGUGUGAAGACCCUUCUAGACCCACCAUGGCCUGUGGGUGUGCCUAAGUGGUGUUCUAAAGGUUGGAUGUGUCUUCCGCUAAGGGGAAACUCUGCCGAAAUUUCGUGGACGCCGACACUUGUGAAAAUAUCGAGGGAGCUGAGUGUGGACAGCAAAGGGGAGCUGAAAUUCGUCAUUUCUCAAGGAGAAGAUGAAUGAGAGAGGAGGAGAUGCUAAUGGAAGAGGAGCUGUAGCUGAGAAGACAAAGGUAGAGGCCGAGGUGACUAUAAUGAGGGGCAUGGGAGCUCUAGUGGCAGGGGGAGUACCAGAAUGGAGGGCACGUGCUGGUACUGCAAGAAGGUCGGGCAUCCUUGGUUCAAAUUUGCUUGAUGAGGUAAAACCCCCUGGGAAGAUUAAGUAUGUGGCAGCAGCGUCAGGUGCUUUGCUCCCCGUUAUUGGUGUUGGGAAUGCCAAGGUUAAGGGAGCUAAUGGGGAGCUUGUGGGGCUUGGGAAUGUUCUGCUGGUUGAAGGCUUGUCUGCUAACCUUCUCUCUGUGCAACGACUGCAGAAGAGCAAGGCCGAAGUGACCUUUGGACCAACCAGCUGCCAUUCUUGAACUUUGAUUGAACUCUUGAGAUUGACCCCGUUAGAAACGAGGCCUCGCUGUUCCUUCGUCGACCUGGUUCGCCUCCAGCCCAGGAGGCACGCCAUCUACCCAUCGCCCUCCAAGGAGGGCGCGGGGUAGCUGAACUGGCCAACCUGCAACGGUUUCCCGUUGCCCUUUCGACUCCUCGAAUGAUCGGUGCUCUGCAUUGAAUCUUAGCCAGAGCCGGCCCUGCCUUUCUCGCCACCUUUUUCGUUUUGGCCAGGGCAUCUCCCCCCACCGUGCCAUCUCCCUUCAUUUUACCAGGUGAUCCUCCGCACCUGGAGAGCUCCCCGCCCCCUCCGCUGGGGCCUGUGCGCACCAACCCUCCGAAGAGAGUCCAUGCGCACGUCUCACGGGACGCUCCCCCCCGGAUCACAGAGUGCCGCCCUCCGUGGCCCGGGCCGGUGCCUCAUAGGACCUCAUGACAAGCUCGACUUCAUACCUAGGUAAUCCGCCUUGCUUGUGGUUUGAGGGCCAGUU